CGAUAUAUAAUUUGAAUUAAAAGAUUAAAUUUACAAUUAAGAGAUAAAUAUCUUAUAGUUUACAACCAUCUCUUUGGAUUAAUAUACAAAUGCAAAAAUAGAAAAUAACAAUUAUUUUACAAUAAAUAUAAUUUGGUGCACUUCAUUCAUCCACGGUAUGCUUAAUUGUUCAAGCAUCAUCUGUUUAUAACUUCUUCAUAUAUAAGAGAAAUUCCUUCUCGGAUGAGCAGAUAAUAAAGAAAGCACGAAGUUAAAUUUUUCAUUAUAGAAACGUUUAAGCAUUCUUAAAUAUACAUGCCGCUAUUGGUGAUUACAUGCAAAAGUUACAGAUAAAGGAUGCAAAUAUAAUGCAAUGAACGUAAUGAAUGUUAAAAGAAUGUCAGUAAUAUGCAAUAUUUACAAUGCUUAUAUUAUUUUUAUGCAGAGUGUUUUACCUGGCAACCAAUGUCCACGCAGUCUUUAAUUGCUCCACCAAGAAUAUUUUGCACACCUUUUGUGAUGUACAUUUCAUCUAUCAUCAGACUACAAAUAAUUCUUUUAUCAUGUUUUUUGGCAUCUUCUACUUUUAGCUUCAAAAUAUUGAAGCAGUCGAGCUUUUCUCGCGUGUCGUCGAGCCUCAAAGUACUGCAGAACAGGUAAUCGGUAUCGGGCGUACGCGUAGAGAUAGACGCUGUAAAUGUAAUCCGAUAUUCAACGGCUGUUAAUGAUCGCGUCACGACGAAUGUUCGCGCUUACGAACGUCCACGUAUGUCUCGUGUAUGAUUAUGUACUAUUGUUACACUAGAUCAGGACCAGGUGUACGAUUUCCUGUUCGAAUCGAGGAUACUCUUUUCGAAUUCUACCGCCAUCAAUGGAACGCGAUGACGUAAUGCGACACUGACACAUGUCCAAUCGCGGGUAUCCAUCCGAUGCUCCGUCGAUGACGAUAUCGUCGAUAUCGUCUGAUAUCUUCUGCCUUUUGUGUUCGAUAUCGUCCGAUAAUAUCGUUGACGAAGCUGCCAAAAUGGAGCAUUCGCGAAUUCGCGAGUACGAACACCAGCUACAAUGAUAAACGACAAAAUGAGAAACGGAAAGUGAAUCGACUGAGCCGACUGACGAAAGGUGGGACGAGUCAUCGUUGUCGUCGCGUGCAACCCUGCAUCGUGAGUUAGGUUAUGGUUAUGUCGGGAGUAGUGAUUGGAAAAUUUCGAGAUCGAACCUAGCCAACGUAGCCUCUUUGAGCGAUCUCGUUCGACCGUAGAUAGUCGCCAUACGUCGUGAACGUAAAACGGAAAAGCGCGGUCUCACCGCGAAGUUCCGUAUAAAAAUGAGUCUGAGUAUAACCAAGUUGUUCUCGAGAAAGAAAACUGGGAGUGGAAGUGGUGGCGGGGGCGGCGGUGGCUACGGCGGUACGGUCGACUCCGUCGCCGAGAUCGGUCUGCCGACGAACGUUUCCCACAAGUUUCACGUGAGCAAGAACGCCGAAACUGGACAACUGGAAGGGUUACCUGAGUCCUGGAUCCGUCUGCUCAACACACAGAUAUCGAAAUCGGAACAAGACGAGCAUCCGACCGCCGCCUUACAGGCUAUCAAAUUUUAUAGUUAUUCGAUCAAGAGGAAGCCGGAGGAGAAGGUGUUCAAGCCGUUCGUCACCGAAGACCUGAUCGAGGAGGAGUCGCAAGAGAUCGAUAAAAUCUUAUCGAAGAAACAUCGGUCCGAAGAUUCGGACGGCGCGAGCGCUGACUCCACGGAAGGUCAAGUCAAAAGAUUACCGGAACUUCCGCCGAAGACGAAUAAAAUUCCAAAGCCUACACCGCGGACGCUGCCCCCCGGAUCGCCCGACUACGCGAUUCCCGCUGCUUACGACUGGGACGAAGAUGAGAGAGAAAGAACUCUCACGGAGAUUCUCAAAGAUUUGAACGCAUACGAGAUAGGAGACGACGACGAAGAUCCAGAUCGAUUACCACCGCUGCUACUACCCGAAGCUGACCGUGGGUACGAAUACGACGUCGAGAACAAGAGAACGGAAGAGAGUCCCAUUUUGAGGAGGAAAACGGAGGAGACGGGUACGCUGUUGAAGCUGAACGACGAACAGAUAUUUGAGGAGCUGAAAGCUAUUUGUCAAAACGGAGAUCCUCACGUUCGUUUCGACAGGAGCAAAGAGGUCGGGGCCGGUGCCUCGGGCACUGUGUUCAUAGCCACCGACUCAAAGACCGAACAGAGGGUCGCUAUAAAAGAUAUAGAUUUGUCGAAACAACCGAAGAAGGAACUGAUAUUGACCGAGAUCAAGGUGCUCAAGGAAUUCCAACACCCGAACCUGGUGAACUUUUUGGACGCGUACCUCGUGAACGAUCAUCUGUGGGUUGUGAUGGAACUGCUGGAAGGCGGGCCGCUAACGGACGUCGUAACUGAGACUAUAAUGAAAGAGGUGCAGAUCGCGGCGGUCUGCAGGGAAGUUCUAAAGGCCAUCAGUUUUCUGCACACCAAAGGGAUCAUUCAUAGAGACAUAAAGUCGGAUAACGUGCUCCUUGGAAUGAACGGUGCCGUGAAAGUAACGGACUUCGGGUUCUGCGCCAACAUCGACGGCGACGAGAAACGACAAACAAUGGUCGGCACUCCCUAUUGGAUGGCUCCAGAAGUGGUGACUAGAAAGCAAUAUGGUAAGAAGGUGGACAUUUGGUCCCUGGGCAUAAUGGCCAUCGAGAUGAUAGAGGGCGAGCCUCCUUACAUGAAAGAGACCCCUUUGAGGGCCUUGUAUCUAAUUGCUGCCAUCGGUAAACCUUCCAUUCCCAGAUGGGACACGUUGAGUCCGGUGUUUCAGAACUUUUUGGAAAGGUGUCUGGCCGUCGAAGUCGACGAAAGGGCGACCGCGGACGAAUUGUUGUCCCAUCCGUUUUUAGAGAACUGCGCGGAACUAACCAGUUUGAUACCGUUGAUACGAACCGCGCAGAGGAUCCUUCGUAAAGACUUUCACUGAUCGCUCGCCCUCGAUUGCCUAGAGCAAUGAUCAAACCUUUUCAUUUUACACCUUCGGUCUGAACGCGUAGCGUCGCGACAUUCGUACAUUCGUCCGUGUUCAUGCUACGCAACCGUAUCGUAGAAAACUAUUUUAUCUAAGUAGGGAAGAACAAAACGAGGUUGCACGCGGUGCAGUGAUUUUAUACACUUUCAUUUUAUACAUAUACGAUCGUCUAUUUAUCUACUGUAUUUAUAUAAACGCGUUACCAUCACUAAUAUACAUAUAUAUUUCUACCGGAAACAUCGUCGGCAGGUUGUAACGAAGAAACUGCUGACAAUGAGAGGGACAGUCCUUAGAAAGUUAUCAUUGAAUAUCAUGAGAAUAUCAUCGAUUCUCGUUCAUUCGCUUGUACAAAUUUUAUAUUACCUCGUACGUGCGAUAGGUACUACUACUCUCAAGUCCCUGAAAAGUUCUUGACGUGUUAUCAUCCCUUCGCACGAGCUCAAACGUUUUCUACACUUUUGUCCAUAUGCCCGAUACUAUAAGUGCAAUUUCAUUUACGUACGUUACCAACAUCUGAGGAAGAACGAUAAGUCGAACGUUCCAUUGAAAAGAGAAUAACUUUUUCUAGUAGGAUAAGACUAGAUUUAAAUGUCAUUUGCAUUUACUACGUAUAGAAUUGUAUGUACACGUUUCGAUCACUUUUAUUAAAAUAUUGUACUUAGUUCGUUGAAGAACGGAAACCACUAGGUACGCGUAAGUAACGUCUGUCAGGCGUUUAAUUAUAAUUUAUUUUAUGUAGCAAUGAGAAAAGCAGAGAGAAACGUGUUGUGAAAAGUAAUUCCAGUUGCAGUAUAAAUUCAUAAUUCAUCAUACUGGCGAUCACGAUUUGGUACCUAUUUCGAAUCGCACCGCACACGCUUAGACUGCGGAUUUUUGUGUUAAAUUAUUUGUGGCAUGAAUUUGAAAAAUGUAAUUUUAUACCAUCGUUCAAGGAUCGUACAUGCAGCUUUUGAUAUUUCAUAUAUUUUAAUAUAACAGAUAUCCUUCCUUUAUAUAAUAGAUUCCAUCCUUUCUGUCUUCUGCAUGUUCAAUGCUUCCACAAGUAUAUAAAAUCCGCAAAACAAUCUAAUUCUAAAAGUAACUAUUACGUCCGAUCCAUUACGGUUACGAUCCAUCGAAAUCAUUUCGAAAGAAAGACUGUUUCUUUGCUGCGAGAAACUAUGUACGACGCACACGAAUCUUGUGGUUCUACGUUAAAGAAGAAGCACACGUAUUAAGAUCAAGUAUUGUAAAUUAUACAUACCGUAACGACGGGUUUAAGGUGUAUUGUGAGUUUUGUAACAUUUAAUCACGUUCAUUUUAUAUACGUGACUCUUUUCAGAAACGUUGCAUAGACGCGUAUUUUAAGAUAGACAAUACCGUUCAACCAGAUGCCAAACUUUAAGUACCAACUUCUGUACAACGAGUACUACGAACUCCUUGUAUGUACAUAAUAACGUUAAAUAUCUUUCGUGAAGAAGAGUAUUUAAAAUUUUACCAUAAUCAAAUGUUAUUCAUAGUCAUUUAAUUACUUUAGUUUGGGGGCCAGAGCCCAGACAGUAAUAUCACGUCUGUGAUAGCAAAGAAUUGAGUCCGCUCGUAUUCUAUUUGUAUAUAUUUCAUAUCUUUUAUCCAAUGCUAAUUAAAUAUUUUAAGUACAAUUUGUAAAUCUUCGAUGAUACACGUUGCUAUCGAGUCUAGUAAUUAUUGGUAAUCACGUAAAAUUAACACUUGUUUAAUCAUUUAACGACUGAACGUCCGUUUUCAGACCAUCUGGUCAAAGUGGAAAAAGAAACGAAAAAGUGAUAAGACUUAAAGAGCCAUAAAAAUCGUGCCUUAUUGAAUCGAUAUCUAUUUGCAUACGGCUGAUUCUGUAACAAUUACGCGCCUUACGGUAAAUAAAAAGUAUUGUUCGUAAUUUACCGAUAAACAAUGAUUACACAAGACGUAUAUUUAAUUCGUCGCCUGAAACUGUUCGAUAACAGCAAUGAUUGCCAAAAAAAAUUUCUUACCUAUCGUAUGUCACAUCUAUUUUUAAACAUGUAUGAAUGAAACGUCGCGCAUAUGAUUUUAACAAUAAAUAUUUUAUUUACAAGAUUUACA